UAGGGGUGAGUUCGCGUUGUCGCUCGUCGACCACUCGUCUCAGUGUGUCACUUUACUCCUUACGAUAAAAAAGUUAUCGCGUGCCGGUGACAUAACACAGCAAGACACCCUUCGGAAUUUCGCUCUUUCCCUCUUAUUUUAAAAACACGCGGUAUAUGUAUAAUUUGAAUUGCUACACUCUGCCGUUUAAUUAUCGAGACAAUAAAAUGUUUUAAAUAUUUUACUAAUAUAAGAAACACUGAUUUCUCAGUACGAGGGAGAUAAAGUAUUAAGUAUACAAAGUAGUAUAUAUAAAUUUGUGGGUAGAUCAAACGAUUUUUAUGUACAAAGAGUCAAGAGGAUUAAUUUUAAGUGUUGAGCCAACUAAAUUUACGGUGGCCAUAAAGUUUAUACCAUCUGAAUUAUAUUUACAAAAUCAACUUGAUAUUUAAACAAUAAACUAUUGGAUUUAACUCCGUAAUAAAUAAAUAAAAAUAAUGGGCAUCGAUUAUUCAUCGGCAACAUAUGAUUCAAAAAUGACUUUUAAAAUAUUUAUUGGUUGUAAUUCAAUUGCGAUAUUUAGCUCAUAAAUAAUUCUAUUUUUUGAAAUAGACAGAGUACAUAAAAAAAAGGUAUAACGUAAAAAGAGAGCUUACAAGUGAAUUGGAAAAAAUAUUGUAAGACGAAAAAAUAAAGACUCGAGAGUUAAGUUUUCUCAACGAAGGGAAUUGUGACCGCUCCCCAGUCAAAUGCCUUUUUCCUAGAUGCUUCAAUACCCAGGAAAUCCUGAGUCUUUCCUUUUUUAUUCCCUCCCUUACUGGUUCUGCUACUGGUGGUGUUCUUCUCAGGCUAAGGGGACGUAGUCCUUUUGCCAACCGAAUCGCUAGCAGAGCAAAGGUAGAACUCAAUAAAUUGGGCGGAUUAUAAAUGAAAAAAGUAUAAGAAGACAAAGAGAAUAAAACAAGAACUGAAGCAAGUAAAGAUUUCAAUCAACCGAGUUUAAGAAUUUCCCAUUUAUAUUUCUAUGAUACUUUUAUAUGAAUUCCGUUGGAGUUGUAAAGUGUAAGAGGAUAAAGGGUCAACGUGAUCGUAGCAACUCUUGGAUUCGAUUCAGAUUUCCAUCUUGACUCAAUGGCACUUGUGGUCAUAAUAUUGCCGAGGUGAUUUUCCUGAUUGCUUCUGCCUUUCACCAGAUCCGACUAAAAUUUCCGUAUUAAAAAGAACGUAGAAGAGGACAACCAGAAAACACUAAAGUCAUCCACUUUAUUCUCAAGUGCCGGUUGACAAGAAAGUCUGCUAUUAAAAGACAGUAGCUAAGAAAGUUUAAGUCAAAGCUCGUGAUGAACUGCCGCUAACUUUUAAUUAAAACCAGUCAAGAUCAUCCUUACUUUGCUGCUAAACUUCUUGCUUCGCGACCCAACUUUCCGGAGCUAGACGAGUUCUGGUCACUUAUUGAAGCUGCUUUUAUGUAGCAACACACUAUAGCUCAUACAAUACCAACCACACAAAGUAUACUUUAGUAUGGAGACUGAGAGUCCGAGCUCAGGUAUAAAUCGACCUGGACACAUAUUUACUAUUUGUAAAUUAACGUGGGCUUGAAAAUAUAUUUUCAGGCCAUUUAUUUUCAAGGUUGCCUUUUUUCUUGUCAUUAUUAUUAUUAUUACUAUUGUUAUUAUCGAAACAUCCGUUUACCACGUGCUGAUGUAUGUCCAAGGACUUGACUCGUGAAGAUUGAAUCAUCCAAGUCGGCCCCCAAAUUUCGAUCUGGCAUCUUGUGUCGAGUGCAUCAAUAAUUGCUUGGCUACUGCUGGUCUAUGUCCAGUUUCCGGUAUUCUGGUGUAAUUCCAUUCAUCCGAUUGGAGUAAACGUAGUGGGAGGGAUAUAAAACUAAUAAAUAAAUAAAUAAAUUAAAAAGUGGACAACUGAUAGAAGAGUCGCCACUGGCGACACGACGUGUGCGUGACCCAUACAAGCAACUACUUAACAGCUUAAACGAAGAGCGGCGUUUCAGUUGUUCCAUUGACGAGCUCGUGGUAACAUUACGUCAAUCGUAAUAUGAAAGUAUAAGUGGCCACGUGUUGCCACUACAGUGUUAUCGUCGGUUUAUAAAAUAUUUAAUCUUAAAUUAAUACGCAAGUGUGAUAUGAUGAGUAUGAGAAAUAAUCGUAUUGAUAAUUUAUUAAAUUGUUAGAUCGUUUAUUUAUUUUUAUUUAAUACUGAGAAAGGUGUAGAUCAAAGUGUCUUUCUCAAGUGAAAGUGUGCGAUCAUGUGUAUCAAUAAAUGGAUGUUUAGUGUGAGCUUAUUGUUGCUCGUGACUAUUGAUAAUCGCACGAGAGCUUACUCCAAUCAAUGGACAGCUAAAAUUCUUGGUGGUCCUGAUGUUGCACAACGAGUUGCUAUGGAACAUGGAUUUCAUUAUCGGCAUCAGAUAUUUGAGGAUCUUUAUCAUUUUGAUCAUAAGUCAGUUAAAAAACGAUCAUCAGAGCCACAUUUGGAAAUCAAUAGUCGAUUAAAAAGAGACACUAGGGUACAAAACGCUGAGCAACAGCGAAUAUUGUCACGGAGAAAAAGGGAUUUUGUUGUUAAACGUGGUCCAGCAAGUUCACGUGCUAUCUUGAAUGAUGACAGAUGGCCGCAGAUGUGGUACUUGAAUCGAGGCAAAGGGCUUGACAUGAACGUACAGGGUGCUUGGGCUGAUGGAAUUACUGGUCAUGGUAUCGUUGUCACUAUAUUGGACGACGGUUUGGAAAAAGAUCAUCCUGAUAUCUACAGCAAUUACGAUCCACAGGCAAGUUAUGAUGUCAACAGCUACGACGAUGAUCCAAUGCCACGAUAUGACUACCUCAACAGCAAUCGUCACGGCACCAGAUGUGCCGGAGAAGUUGCUGCCACAGCAAAUAAUUCUUUUUGUGCCGUGGGGGUUGCUUACGGCGCCGGAGUCGGGGGAGUAAGAAUGUUGGACGGAGAAGUUACAGAUGCUGUUGAAGCAAGAUCUCUUAGUUUCAAUUCACAGCACAUAGAUAUUUAUAGUGCGUCCUGGGGACCCGAUGACGAUGGCAAAACAGUUGACGGUCCUGGAGAACUCGCUACGAGGGCAUUCAUUGAAGGCAUUACUAAGGGUCGCAGCGGUAAAGGUUCGAUAUUUGUGUGGGCGUCGGGUAAUGGAGGACGCGAACAUGACAACUGCAAUUGCGAUGGUUAUACAAAUAGUAUUUGGACGCUGUCAAUUAGUAGUGCAACUGAAAAUGGUUUAGUCCCGUGGUACAGCGAGGCAUGUUCAUCUACUCUUGCGACGGCAUAUAGUUCUGGUUCAUUGGGUGAAAAACAAAUCGUUACUAUCGAUUUAAAUCAUCAGUGUACAAGUAGUCAUACUGGUACCUCAGCAUCUGCGCCUAUUGCCGCGGGAAUUUGUGCAUUAGCUCUCGAAGCUAAUAGGGAUCUUACGUGGCGCGAUAUGCAGCAUAUUGUUGUAAGAACAGCCAAGCCGGCAAAUCUUAUUGCCGCUGACUGGACCAUUAAUGGUGUCGGUAGAAAUGUUAGCCACAGUUUCGGCUAUGGCUUAAUGGACGCGACCGCAAUGGUCCAACUUGCCAAAAAGUGGCAGACCGUUCCGGAACAACACAAGUGUGAAAUGCUAGCGCCGCAUAAAAAUAGAUCAAUUCCAUCACGUAGUCAAUUAACUUUGGAUUUCCAUGUAAAAGAAUGUAGCGGCGUUAACUUUUUAGAACACGUUCAGGCCAAAAUAACACUAUCGGCAUCUCGAAGAGGAGAUCUUGAGAUAACAUUAACAUCACCACAAGGAACAAAAAGUACUUUACUCGCAAAACGACCGCACGAUAAUUCUAAAACAGGAUUCCAACAAUGGCCAUUCAUGUCAGUCCACACAUGGGGUGAACGUCCACAUGGCACGUGGAAAUUGGAAGUUCACAAUGAGGGUCGUUAUGUUGGUCGUGCGAUACUUCAUGAAUGGUCGUUGAUAUUCUACGGUACAGGAACUUUACCCGACCCAACAGAGUACGCUCUCUACAGCAGUAUCGCCGGUAGUAGUAUUAGUUCGACAAACAUCAAGUCGCCUAAAAAACCAGUAGUUAAAACGUCAAACUAUUCACGCAAUGGUUUAAAUAUCAUCGGGAUUAAGAGUAAAAAUAAUAAGUUGAUAAAACAGCAGCAACAGAGCCAGCAAAAUAGUGGAUUAAAUCAAGCGUACAUUCAACAAAAUCAGACAUCAAAAAAGAGCAAAGUACGUGGGCAACAUAAAAAUGGUAAAUCAACAAACAAACCGACAGUGCGACCGACAGUACAGAGCUUACGUGGAUUAACAUUCAGUCGCAUUGCUACAUCUAAGCCCCGUGUUAGCGGUAGCAAUAACACCGCUAGCUCUGCCGGUACUACCAUUGGAAACACCACCAAUAACAACAGCACUCCCAAAGCAAUCCCAGAAACUCCCGUUGUUAAACUGACAACUCAGCUACCUAAACAGCAACAAAUUAUUGACUCUGUUACAUCAACAUCCUCGCUACAGAGAGGUUUAAUUCUCAUGGAACCGGCCGCCAAAGCCGCUACAAAUAAGGUUCCGGUUGUGUUUCAACAGUAUCCAAAAAUCCAACAGCUCUAUCCGCUCUACCCGGUCUACCCUGGGGUAAGGGGCGUUAAUCAGCACGCAACUCGUGCUAAGGGACUCGAUCUACUGCAAGAUGAGCAGUUCGAUACAAGAAAUCUUCAAUUAACUGACAAGGCAAGCCUCACAGAAUGGGGGCUGGUGUUCUACGGAACCGAAACCGCACUCAAGUUCGAUGACGAGCUGGACAAAGACAAGCCGAUAGCCCCAAUAGAAAUUGAUAUCCCACACAAUAACGCAGCGGAGGACAAGAAGCCGAUAGACACCGAAGGAGAUGGCGAUCUGUGGACCGGGAGACAGCAGGUGGAUUUGAUAUCACACCCGGAGGUGCAGAAGCCCACAACGGAAAACCAUACGAGCAAAGCGUGUAACAGCUUUGGCUCCCACGGGUGCCUAGAAUGUAAACUCGGGUGGUUUAUCUCCGAAGGUCGUUGUUUAUCAGAGUGUCCUCAUAACAUGUAUGUGGAUCACGACCAACGAAAGAAUGCCUGUAUUCCGUGUCAUUACUCUUGUAUGACCUGUUCGGGGCCUUCAGAUAUCGAUUGCACAUCAUGCCAUGCGGAUUCUAAUCCUAUACCACCGGAAAUGGAGACCUUUCAAUGCAUUUUAAAGUCUAUCGAGUGGAAGACCAAAUCAACUGUGUGGUUUUAUCGGAUGACUAUUGUAUUAGGAUUAAGCUCCAUUCUUAUGAUUGGUAUUGUCAUUUAUUUAUGGAUUUCCUCAUCGAAAAAGUUACAAAAAAUUAUCAAUCACGGAUACAUGGAACUGCCUCUACCCAAUGAUCAACUCAAAGACGGCAACAGUAAUCGUAAUUUAGACCAAUACCAAUCCGAAAGCGAGUAGAUUUUUUUUUUCCAUUUUACUACCCGGGAAAAAUAGUUUAGAUCUGAAUACUUAAUCUGAAUUUACUCCAUCACAGAGUUCCGAAGUUUAGAAAAAAUUACUCUGCAUACGAAAUAAAUAGAACUUUUUUUUUUUUUAACGGAGAGAUCUCAGAGUCAUGUGAAUUUUAUUUUAAUCAUGUACCUGAAGAUCGGAACGUUUUUCACGCAUCGAAAAUGAAAAUAAUUCCUGAAAUUUGUGUAUAAAGGCGACUUAAGGGGUAGUUGGGGUGGCCUGUCAUUUUCGGAUGACGUGUGAAACAUUUCCGAAAUUUAGAUCCAGUAGAUUUUUUACUUUUCAUUUCUUUUUUCUUAUUUUCGUUCCGCGAAAAACGUUUCGAUCUUCAGGUACAUUUUUAAUCCGCAUUCAUUCAAAUCCAUAAUUUUUACGUGAACUCUUCUUUGGAAGAAUUUCACUUCGAUAAAAUUAGAAAAAUAAAAAAUACUCGGCUUUGGAUUUACUCCGGAUUUAAUAUACGUUCACUAUGCAAAUUUUUGACAAUAAAAAUUGCAGUUUUGUUUUGGAAACUUGUGAAAAAUAAAAUUUUUUUUUUUAAUUUGAGAUCGAAAGAGAUCUACAUUAAUUUGAAUAGAUCUAUUGAUGUCAAUGAAAAUUUUAAAUUUCAAAAAAUUAAAUGUAUGUUGACUUAAAUUUUUUUUCCUGGGUAAUAAAUAAUGUAAAUUAUUUUAAAAAAUGUUCAGUAGUAUUCCAUGUAGUUAAAAAAUU